AUGGAGCAGCAUCGUGUUUCAUCAUCGCCGAUACUUACCACGGCUGCCUGCCUGCUUCUAGCAUUUAUCACAUACUCCUUCGUCGCCGCGACAUUCUCGACCACAGCCCGCUUCUGGCGUCGUCAAACAUGGGUUGGAGACCGCAAAGGCCUUUUCUCCCGCUUGAGAACGAGCAUCGCUUCCAUUACAGGCAGCCGGGCGAUGGUCAAGGAUGGCUAUGAUCGAUUAUCCAAAAAUGGACAGCCGUUUGCUCUGCAGCAAUUCGCCAACCCAUCGGUUCUGCUCCUUCCACCGGCGAAGAUCUCACAGCUUUUGCAGAAGUCCGACGACGAGAUCGACUUGCUGAAAACUCUGCAGGAGACGCUUGCGAUGCGUUGGACUGGUGAUAUGGAUCUAUCUGAGGAUCCGAUUCACAUUCAGGUUGUGCGGCGCCAGUUGACGCACAAAUUGCCGUUGCUUACAGCGGAUGUCCACGCGGAAUUGGUGCUGGGGUUCGAGGAUCAGUGGAAAACAUCGACAGAGUGGACAGCGGUACCAGCUGCAACGUCAUGUGCCAAUGUCAUCAGUAGAGCAGCGAACCGGGUGUUCAGUGGCACGGAGCUGUGUAAAAACCAGGAGUUCUUGGAUGCUUGCAGGUCUUUCGGAGAGGGAGUUUUCAUGGCGGCUGGUGUCAUCAACAUGAUUCCGACAUGGCUCAGAUGGGCUGUUUCUCCUCUGAUCACAUCUCGCAAUGCUCGGAAUAUGGCAAUUUGCAAAAGAAUAGGCGUUCCUGUUGUGAACAAGCGGAUUGAGGAAUACAAGAGCGGAGCAGAGCCCAGGAACGACGCUUUGCAGUGGGUUAUUGAAGAGAGUCUCAAGAGAGCAGACCCCAAAGAGCACGAUCCCGUGCGCAUUUGCAGGAGAAUCGUCAGGCUCAACAUGGUCGCCAUUCACACGACAACCAUCUCCAUCACAAAUACCCUUCUCGACUUGUACGGCUCGCCACGAGCGGAAGAAUUCGUAGCCGGGCUACGAGAAGAGGUCGAGCGGGUGCUGAAAACUCAUGGCAACGAGUGGACCAAAGGCGCAGUGAACGACCUCUACCGCAUCGACUCGACCAUCAAAGAGAGCCUGCGAUGGACACCACUCAGUCUAGUCGGCUUGACAAGACUGGUGACCAGCAAAGACGGCAUCGAUCUCGGAGAUGACCUGCAUGUCCCGCACGGCGUGCUGGUUGCUGCACCCAAUGUGGCUAUCCACAGUGAUGAGAAGCAUUACAGCAAUCCAGCGGAAUAUGACGCUUUCCGAUUCGCUCGAAAUCGUGAGGAUCAGGAUGGCAAUGUCGUGAAGCAGAAGAGCCAGGGGAUUGUGACCACGAAUGAAUCGUUCUUGACGUUCGGGCAUGGUCGUCAUGCUUGUCCGGGUCGAUUCUUCGCCUCGCAGGAGAUGAAGCUGAUGCUGGCACAUAUCGUUAUGUAUUACGACGUCAGGCUUCCGGGUGGGAGGCCGAAGAACUUCGAUUUUAAGGGAGCGUCGGUUCCAAGCAGACGGGCAGUCCUUGAGUAA